AUGGCGAAUUCCAAAAUCGCACCAGAGAGCUUCAAUUCCGGUUCGAUGGAGCGGCGAGCGGCAACACCGGCGGAUUGGGGUGAAAUGGUUAGGACGAUGCACGGUGUAAUGGUGGCUUUCUGUAUUUUCAUCUACCUGAUUUUCGAAAAGACGGACUUUGGCGCCGCCACAGGAGCUCCGAUACCGGCGGCGAUUGUACCCGUACUUGCCUGUGCCUGGUCUAGCUGGGCAGCGUUUUUCUUAGCGGCUUUGGCUUGGAAGGGAUCUGGUACCGGGAAAGUGAUGGACUGUUUAUCAAUCGCUAGUGGGCUUGCACUACUCGGAUUCCUCUUCUACUACGUCAUCGGCGGCUACGCAGUCAUUAUGCUCGGUGUCUCGUGUCUCAUUCUUGCCGUUGCCUUGUACUAUUCGUAA